UCACCUUGUUUCUCCACAUUCAACACAAAGACAGUGUCUAGUCCAAUUUUCCGCUCCCUAUCCAUUCUUCCAUUCAGAAAAUGAGUACCACCCCAACUAUCGGAUGGGCGCAGAGACUGGACAAACUUUACCUUAAUGUUGAGUUGCCUGAUCCUAAGGAUGUAGAUCUCAGGCUUGAACCUGAUGGAUUCAGCGUUUUUGCCACUAAAGAUGACGUCCAUUACGAAGCUGAAAUUGAAUUGUUUGAUAAUGUCGAUGUAGAGGGGAGCAAGUUCCACAUUGUUGAGACAGGUAUUGUCUAUGUUAUACAGAAGGCAGAGAAGAAGUGGUGGACCAGGUUGUAUAAGCAGCAGGGGAAGCCUCCUGCUUUUAUCAAAUUUGACAGGGAUAUUUUGGCUGCUUUCGAUGAUGAGGACGACGAGAAUGAUGAAGGUCGCACAGUGGAUUUCUCGAAGUUCAAGAUGGCUCGGGAUGAUCCUGAUGAGGAAGAGUUCAAGGAUGAAGACGACGAAGCAAAGCCUAGUACAUCAGCUGCUUAGGAGGCUAAGGCUUGAUUGUAUUGGAAGGCGACCGCGCCAAACUGGCUGAUUUCAGGCUUGUUAUUAUCCAUCAUUAUUAUUAUUACUAUGUUGAGAUGUUGUUAUGAUAUUUGAUUACUUCCAUCUUUAAUAGAAUAAAGCUGAAAUAUGCUGCUAUGCCUUUUUACAAGA